AUGCAUGUUGAAUCCUCUGUUCUGGAGGCGGCUGGUAUCUGCCAUCUGACCUUAUGUCUUGAGGAGGACAACGCCUUGGACCAUCCGCGCUUCUUUCAGCAAUACCAAGAGGAACUGCCUCUCCUGGAGAACGAAGAGGAGUUGCUGGAAUUCGAGCCCGACCCAGAUCGCAUCAUGUGGGAAGCUCGGGCUAUGGAGCUCUUCCUCACUAAGCAAUUUUACAAGUGCGGGAGAUACGCAGCGCUAAAGUACCCCCAUAACCCUCGGCCUUCUGGUGGAUAUCGAGAGAUUGGGGAAUACAAGUUCGGCCAAUUGCUGGAGGCUGCAAGAUUUAACUGGUAUGCUGUAUCAGUUACCGACUAUUGGACGGGCAAUUGUCCACACUUCAAAGUCAUGCUAGAAAGCGACGCAUUUGGAGAUGACCGAUUGCUUCGCGGAGAAAUUAUGACCAUCACCGAUAUCAUGGCUGCGAGGCUGAGGACAAAGUCGCUGCGCCCGCAUAUUGUUGCCCCAACCCUGGUGGUGUCUCUCAUGGGUCCCCGACAUGCCCGCGUGCUGGAAGCGGGUUACGAUGGGAAGACUCUGAACAUUCGCGCGUCUAAGCUCUACGAUUUCACGAAAAAGAACACGGAUGCUGCAAUUGCUAACGCGGUAUUGGCUAGGUGGUGCUUGUGGAAAGACUGA